AUAUAUGAACUAAACCACUUAAGGACUAAAAUCCAAGAAACCUUUCAAAACACUGUCUGCCUCCAUUUCCAAUCAAUCACGGUUCUCAAUCGCAUCUUGUACAGAUUUCCGAGUACACACAAAUCACAGGUCGCUCUCUGCUCGUUAUCCGGGUCGUACCAAUUCGGGCACGCGCCUUUUUUUGGUUCAACCAAACCCCAGAGUCUCAUUUGCCCUGCUCCUGCCAUUAUUACCCACAAUUAUUGUAGGUCAGUUCUCCUUCUUAUACGACUCUGAGAGGGCGGAGAAGGAAGGCUCAAGAGUUGUUGGGAGGUUUUGAGGGAUGGGUAUUUGGGUGAUUUGUGGGGUUCUUGUUCUUGGGCUUUUGGGUUGUGGGAAUGGGUACCCGGAGGAUGAACUGGUGAAGGGUUUGCCUGGGCAGCCGAAGGUUGGGUUCAAGCAGUAUGCUGGGUAUGUUGAUGUGGAUUUGAAGGCUGGGAGGAGCCUCUUUUACUACUUUGUUGAAGCUGAAGUCGAGCCCGCUCACAAGCCCCUCACUCUUUGGUUGAAUGGAGGCCCAGGCUGCUCUUCAAUUGGCGGAGGAGCAUUCACCGAGCUGGGACCAUUCUUUCCCCGAGGUGAUGGCCGAGGGCUUCGAAGAAAUCCAAAGUCAUGGAAUAAAGCAUCGAAUCUCCUUUUUGUUGAGUCUCCGGCUGGCGUGGGAUGGUCAUAUUCAAAUACAAGUUCUGACUACAAUAGUGGAGAUGCCUCAACUGCUAGGGAUAUGCGUAUUUUCAUGAUGAAAUGGCUCAACAAGUUCCCAUCAUAUAAAACCAGAGACUUGUAUCUCACAGGGGAAAGCUAUGCAGGACAUUACAUUCCGCAGUUAACUGUUGCUCUUCUGGACUACAAUCAACAUUCCAAGGGAUUCAAGUUCAACCUCAAAGGAGUUGCAAUUGGGAACCCUCUGCUUAAACUUGAUCGUGAUGUUCCGGCAACAUAUGAAUACUUUUGGUCUCAUGGGAUGAUUUCUGAUGAAGUUGGUCUGACACUAAUGAAAGAGUGUGAUUUUGAGGACUAUGUGUUUGCUAGUCCACACAAUGUGACACAAUCGUGUAAUGAUGCCAUAACAGAGGCGAACCGCAUUGUUGGUGACUAUGUAAACAACUACGAUGUGAUUCUUGACGUAUGCUAUCCCUCAAUUGUGGAGCAGGAAUUGCGUUUACGCAAGAUGGCCACAAAGAUAAGCUUAGGUGUUGAUGUGUGUAUGAGCUAUGAAAGACAUUUUUACUUUAAUCUUCCUGAGGUUCAGAAGGCCAUCCAUGCAAACCGAACCAACUUGCCAUAUAGUUGGUCUAUGUGCAGUGACAUUCUGAACUACAAUGAAGCCGAUGGAAGCAUUGACAUUCUUCCUCUGCUAAAAAGGAUCAUACAAAACAAAAUCCCCGUCUGGGUUUUCAGUGGGGAUCAAGAUUCUGUCGUACCAUUACUUGGGUCGCGAUCGCUUGUGCUUGAACUUGCUCGUGACUUGAAGUUCGAGGUUACAGUACCUUAUGGAGCUUGGUUCGACAAGGGACAGGUGGGAGGCUGGGCAACGGAGUACGGAAACCUGUUAACCUUUGCCACGGUGAGGGGCGCUUCUCAUAUGGUGCCCUACGCGCAGCCCUCUCGAGCCUUGCAUCUCUUUAGCGACUUCGUACGUGGUCGGAGACUGCCAAACACGACACAUCCCUCCAUUGAGGGUUGAAACCAGCAAAUUGUCUUAUAAUGAAUACUCUACUAGUUCAAUUAUGAAACAUUUGUAGUUCAUUUUAAACACUUUUAAUGUUAUUGUCAGUCAAUCAAUAUAUGGAAAACAAUAUG